CGAGGCGGCACGGAGGCAGCGCGGCGCCACUGUGCCGUGCAACGGCCUUCCUUUCUUUGCUAGUAGUGAAGAUGGGCAGAGGACGCGAGGGGCACAUGCACGCGCCACGCCGCCGCCGGCUAGAUGCGCGCGCACGCGGCCGCAACCAACCAACAUAAAUAGAGGCCGGCGUCCCUCUCCGUCCGCGACUUGUGAGCCAUGUCAUUCCUCGUCGCCCCUUCGCCUCGCCACGCGCCCGCCACGCCCGUGAUCCCCAUAAAUUCCCCCACGGCGCUAUCCCCGCCCCGGAAUUUAUAGCCCCCCUGGCCGUCGCAGGCAGAUCGCUCACCGGCGACCACAGCUCACCGCGGCACCGCCACCGCGCGCGGCUGCCACACUGCGGCCGAGACACGAUGGCCGCGUCGCCGCCGCGGGCGCGGCUCUUGCUCCUGUGCUGCUGCGUCGCCGCGGCGCUGCUCGCCGGCGCGGCGGCGGCCGGGGGGAGGCACGGGCACGGGAAGCCGCGGCACACGCACACGAAGCGGCUGCGGCCGGGGAAGGGCGGCGCGGCGGCGGCGGCGGUGGCGAAGCCGUACCCGGUGAACGCGACGCGGGCGGAGGCGAUCGAGCGGCAGUUCACGCGGUGGGUCCGCUUCAUGGGCGCGCCGGGGCACAGCAGCUACAACCGGGCGCUCAACCGCGCGCUCCUUCCCACGCGCACGCUGGUGGUGGACCGGACCCCCGGCGCCGGCGACUUCACGUCCAUCCAGGCCGCCGUCGACUCGCUCCCGCUCAUCAACCUCGCCCGCGUCGUCAUCAAGGUCAAUGCCGGCACCUACACGGAGAAGGUGAGCAUAUCGCCGAUGCGCGCGUUCAUCACCGUGGAGGGCGCCGGCGCCGACAGGACGGUGGUGCAGUGGGGCGACACGGCGGAGACGGUGGGGUCCCUCGGCAGGCCCAUGGGCACGUUCGGCUCCGCCACGUUCGCCGUGAACUCGAUGUUCUUCGUCGCCAAGAACAUCACCUUCAAGAACACGGCCCCCGUGCCGCGGCCCGGCGCGCUGGGCAAGCAGGGCGUGGCGCUGCGGAUCUCGGCGGACAACGCGGCGUUCGUGGGGUGCAACUUCCUGGGCGCGCAGGACACGCUGUACGACCACCUGGGCCGCCACUACUACAGGGACUGCUACAUCGAGGGCUCCGUCGACUUCAUCUUCGGCAACGCCCUCUCCCUCUACGAGGGCUGCCAUGUGCACGCGAUAGCGCGGAACUACGGUGCGCUGACGGCGCAGAGCCGGCAGAGCCUGCUGGAGGACACGGGGUUCUCGUUCGUCAACUGCCGGGUGACGGGCUCCGGCGCGCUCUACCUGGGCCGCGCAUGGGGCACCUUCUCCCGCGUCGUCUUCGCCUACACCUACAUGGACAACAUCAUCAUCCCGCGGGGGUGGUACAACUGGGGCGACCCAACCCGGGAGAUGACGGUGUUCUACGGGCAGUACAAGUGCACGGGGCCGGGCGCCAACUACGCCGGCCGGGUGCAGUGGUCGCGGGAGCUUACCGACGAGGAGGCCAAGCCCUUCAUCUCGCUCGACUUCAUCGACGGGCUCGAGUGGCUCCGGUUGUAGCAGCACGGCACGGGCUCAUUGACACAGGCGCCAUGACUUGGAUUGUUGUAAUUUGUGAAGAGAGAGAAAAACAGAAGGAACAUACUAAUCCCACAUUGUUGCCAUUCAUUGCACGAGAUUGAUUGGUGUUCACUGCGA